CGCCUGGUGCAGAGCUCUGGGCGCUGCGAGCGGCGCUGCCAUUUAAAGGGGCCGCGACCCCCGUCCCGGCUGCUAGGGAGGGAGGGAGGAGGAGGAGCUCGGGGCCGUCGCCGUCUGCAGCCCCUGGCUGGUAAUCGCCACCCUAGCCACACUAGCCCCGCCGCAGCCCAAAGCCAGCCACCCAUGGACCCCAGCGAUUUCUCCAGUUCGUUUGACUCCCUGGCUCUGCCAGAGAAGCCCCUGGCUGGAGACCUUCCAGUGGACAUGGAGUUUGGAGAAGAUCUGCUAGGUUCCCAGACCGCCCCAAGUCAGGGCUGGACUCCUCCGGGGCCACCCCCGACCACCGAGGCCCUGGACUUGCUGGACACCCAGGCCGGCCUGGAAAAAGACCCCAGCGUUCUAGAUGGAGCCACUGAUCUCCUGGGGCUCGGGGGGCUCCUCUACAAGGCACCCUCUCCUCCAGAGGUUGAACACAGCCCAGAGGGAACACUGGCUUGGCCUUCAGGGGACCAGCCCCUAGAAUCUGGCCCCAGAGGCCCGGCCCCUGAAGUCACAACAACUGAUCCCGGAGCUGGGGCAAGCCCUGCCUUGACUGAGGGGCUCCUGGAGCCCUUGGCUCCAGAUUCACUUAUCAAUUUGGAAGAAGAGACCCCUUCCACGACCACACGAAGGAAGGGACCCUCUGGGCAAGAGGAAGAGCUGCUGCAAGGACAGCCCCCAAGCCCCAACGCCCCACCGAGCCCCUCUGUGGGGGAAGCCCAGGGGGAUGGACUCAGUGGCUCCAAGACCCAGCCCAGCCCCCCAGCUCAGCCCUCCCUGCCAGGGGAUGGCCAAACUGAGAAGAACAUUGAGCAGCCUCCCGAGAAGGAACAGAAGAGAAGUGAGCGUGCUCGGAGGGUGGAGGCCCCCAAACCAGAGACGGUGGACUCCUCAGAGAUUCCGGUGUCAGACGAGGACUCGGACGCCAUGGUGGACGACCCCAACGACGAGGACUUUGUGCCCUUCCGGCCAAGGCGCUCUCCCCGAAUGUCCCUGCGGACCAACCUGGCGCCCCGGGCCUCCCGCUCGGCGGGCACCAAGAUGACCUGCGCCCACUGCCGGACCCCACUGCAGAAGGGCCAGACGGCGUACCAGCGCAAAGGGCUCCCGCAGCUCUUCUGUUCCUCCACUUGCCUCACCACGUUCUCUAAGAAGCCUCUGGGCAAGAAAACCUGCACCUUCUGCAAGAAGGAGAUCUGGAACACCAAGGAUUCGGUCGUGGCCCAGACCGGGUCGGGCGGCUCCUUCCACGAAUUCUGUACAUCCGUCUGCCUCUCCCUGUAUGAGGCCCAGCAGCGGCCGGCGCCCCCCGCGGUUGAUGCGUCGGAUGCCACCCGCUGCAGCAUUUGUCAGAAAUCUGGGGAGGUCCUCCACGAGGUCAGCAACGGGAGCGUCGUGCACAGACUCUGCAGCGACUCGUGUUUCACCAAGUUCCGUGCCAACAAGGGACUGAAGACCAACUGUUGUGACCAGUGUGGAGCCUAUAUCUACAGCAAGGGGGGAGGUGGGGCCCCUCCCCCCGAACUGCUCUUUCACGAGGGCCAGCAGAAGCGCUUCUGCAGCACCGCCUGCCUAGGGGGCUACAAGAAGAAAAACACCCGAGUGUACCCCUGCGUCUGGUGCAAGACGCUAUGUAAGAACUUCGAGAUGCUAUCCCAUGUGGACCGGAAUGGCAAGACGGGCCUCUUCUGUUCUUUGUGCUGUACCACCUCCCACAAAGUGAAGCAGGCUGGGUUGGCUGGCCCUCCCCGCCCCUGCAGCUUCUGCCGCCGCAGUCUCUCCGAGCCCUGUUAUUACAACAAGACCGAUCGGACGGUCUACCAGUUCUGCAGCCCCAGCUGUUGGACCAAGUUCCAGCGCACAAACCCCGAGGGGGGCAUCCAUCUGAGCUGCCACUAUUGUCAUAGCCUGUUCAGUGGCAAGCCCGAGAUCCUGGAUUGGCAGGACCAAGUGUUCCAGUUUUGUUGCCGCGAUUGCUGUGAGGACUUCAAGAGGCUCAGGGGCGUGGUGUCCCAGUGCGAGCACUGCCGGCAGGAAAAGCUGCUCCACGAGAAGCUGCGUUUCAGUGGGGUGGAGAAGAGCUUCUGCAGCGAAGGUUGUGUGCUGCUCUACAAGCAGGACUUCACCAAGAAGCUGGGCCUGUGCUGCAUCACCUGCACCUAUUGCUCCCAGACCUGCCAGCGUGCGGUCACUGAGCAGCUGGACGGCAGCACUUGGGACUUCUGUAGCGAGGACUGUAAGAGCAAAUACCUAUUGUGGUACCGCAAGGCUGCUCGCUGCCAUGCCUGUAAGCGCCAAGGGAAGCUGCUGGAGACAAUCCACUGGCGGGGGCAGAUCCGGCACUUCUGCAACCAGCAGUGUCUGCUUCGCUUCUACAGCCAGCAGAAUCAGCCCAACCUGGACACUCAAAGCGGGCCCGAGAGCCUUCUGAACAGUCAGUCUCCGGAGCCCAAACCCUCGGCUCCUCCCCAGUCCAAAGCGACCAGCAGCAGCACCUCAGCGGCUACUGCUAAAAGCCGCCCGGUCCCAACUGAUCCUACGCCACCACCGCCGCCACCUUCGAUGCCUCGCAAGAACAAAGCUGCCAUGUGUAAGCCCCUGAUGCAGAACCGAGGCGUGUCCUGCAAGGUGGACAUGAGAUCCAAAGGGUGUCAGACAGAGCAAGACUGGAAACCGCAGGUGAUCGUACUGCCUGUCCCGGUGCCCAUCUUCGUCCCAGUGCCUAUGCAUCUGUACAGCCAGAAAGUCCCGGUGCCUUUGUCACUGCCUAUCCCAGUACCUGUGCCCAUGUUCCUGCCCACGACUCUGGAGAGCACAGACAAGAUUGUGGAGACUAUCGAGGAGCUGAAAGUGAAAAUCCCAUCGAACCCUCUAGAGGCCGACAUCCUGGCCAUGGCGGAGAUGAUCGCAGAAGCCGAGGAGUUGGAUAAGGCCUCGUCCGAUCUCUGUGACCUAGUAAGCAACCAGAGUACAGAGGGUCUGCUGGAAGACUGUGACCUGUUUGGACCAGCGAGGGACGACGUCCUUGCCAUGGCGGUGAAGAUGGCCAACGUCCUGGAUGAACCAGGGCAGGACCUAGAGGCCGACUUCCCCAAGAACCCCUUGGACAUUAACCCUAGCGUGGAUUUCCUCUUUGACUGUGGCCUGGUGGGGCCAGAUGACGUCUCCACUGACCAGGACCUGCCGCGAGCCAUCCGGAAGGGCCAGAAGCGGCUUGUGCUUUCCGAGAGCUGUUCCCGGGAUUCCAUGAGCAGCCAACCCAGCUGUACGGCCCUCAACUACUCCUACGGCGUCAACGCCUGGAAGUGCUGGGUACAGUCGAAGUAUGCGGGUGGGGAGUCAAGCAAGAGCGAGGAGCUGCGCUUUGGCCCCAAGCCAAUGCGGAUCAAGGAGGACAUCCUGGCCUGCACAGCUGCUGAGCUGAACUAUGGCUUGGCCCAGUUUGUGAGGGAGAUAACGCGGCCCAAUGGCGAACGAUACGAGCCUGACAGCAUCUAUUACCUGUGUCUUGGCAUCCAACAGUACCUACUGGAAAACAACCGAAUGGUGAACAUUUUCACGGACCUUUACUACCUGACCUUUGUUCAAGAACUCAACAAGGCGCUGAGCAGUUGGCAACCCACGAUCCUCCCUAACAACACCGUGUUCUCCCGGGUAGAGGAGGAGCACCUCUGGGAGUGCAAGCAGCUGGGCGUCUAUUCUCCCUUCGUCCUGCUCAACACCCUCAUGUUCUUCAAUACCAAGUUCUUCGGCCUGCAGACGGCGGAAGAGCACAUGCAGCUGUCCUUCACCAAUGUGGUGCGCCAGUCACGCAAGUGCACCACCCCUCGGGGCACCACCAAGGUAGUGAGCAUCCGCUACUAUGCUCCUGCCCGCCAGCGAAAGAGUCGAGUUCUGAGACCCCAGGUUGAGAAGCCCUUCCCCGAGCUGACUUGCACUCCCUCCCCAGACACCAGUUCGGGGAAGAGGAAGAGGGAGGAGGAACUUCCCAUCUUGGAACAGCGUGAGAAUCGGAUGAACCCCUUGCGCUGUCCCGUCAAGUUCUACGAGUUCUAUCUCUCCAAAUGCCCCGAGAGCCUGCGAAGCCGGAAUGACGUAUUCUACCUGCAACCGGAGCGGUCUUGUAUCGCCGAGUCUCCACUCUGGUACUCCGUGAUCCCCAUGGACCGGAGCAUGCUGGAGAGCAUGCUCAAUCGCAUCCUGGCCGUGCGCGAAAUCUACGAAGAUCCCGGUCGUCCUGGCGAGGAGGACCUGGACUGAGCGUGCCCCGCGUCCGCAUCCUCCGCACCAAUGUCUGUCCUGUGGCCCACCCCCCCCACCCCCACCCCCACCCCCCGCCCCGGAGAGGGGCCGGCCUGGGCACCAAUGCUGCUCAUUCUGAAGGGCCCUGCCCGCCCCUCCCCACUCCUCUUCCGGGGCCUGGCCUCGGGGGCACCUCUCUCUCCCCUCCUUCCAUACCACUCGUCAGCACCGAAGACCCCAUUCUUUUGCUCAGGGGCGCUUCUCCUGGCGUCAGCCCCGCGGGGGGGCCCUCCCCUGGGCCUCGGAGCAACACUUCUCCCUUGGGCCAGAUUUGGGGUGGGGGGCGGGGGGGUGGAAGGGGAACCGCGCUCGCUCUCCUCGCCAGCCUGGACGAGGAAAAGCAGCGUCCCAACGCGCCCCUUUCCCUUUCCUAAAGGUGCCACUCGAGGAGCCUUUGGUGGGGAAAGACGGGGGGCAGGGGAAGGGAGGGGACCAUUUCUCCCUGCAGCACAGGGUUGGGGGCCAUCCUCACUCCAGGGCUUUAGCCACUACUUCCUCCGCCGGGCCUCCCCUCACUGCCGGAGUCCCAGCAGCACUUGCUCCCUCCCAGGCACCAGGGCCUUGUGCUAUGAGUUUAGUGAUCCUUCCCUCUGCUCUUUUCCCUUCGGCCCCAGGCAGAGAAUGACUCUCGAGUGCGGGGCACACACUUCUGUUCCCUCCGUCUGUGUGUUCAUUUGACUCGGCCAGCCGCGGCACCGCCGUGCUUCCCCUACCCCUUUCUCACGGCUCCCCCGCCCGCUCCCCUUAGAGCUCGGGGAGGGGGGGCAGAGUCCCCACGGCACCGACCGUGCCCGCUCCUGGCAUGGGAUCCGAUUCCCCGCUCCUGGCCUGCCCCCGUUGAAGAACCAGGCUGAGCCUGUGGGGGCCCCUCGACAGUUGGGGCGGCAUCUGUUCAGAUCUUCCAGGGGGAGCGGGGCGGGGAGGCGCCUCCUCCCCCCGCCACCUCGUUCCUCCCCUCUCCCCUCAUUGCCUUGUCGUUCCAGGUUAGCUGACUAGGGUCAGGCGGAGGGGGGCCAGCUUCCCCCCAAAGGCUUUGCUGUUCCCGGCCCCCCCUCUGUGUUUUUCUAACUGUUCUCAGUUUAGCCGCUGUUGAAAUUGUAUAUAUUGUUGUGAGACGCCUCGCCCGUCCCCGCAGUGAUGCUGACGCCCUCGUGUUGUAGUGAGAGAAGCCGUUGUCACAACUAACCUUCUGUCCCUGGAACUGUUCGUUUCAAAUAAAGAUUCAAAAGUC